AUGAAUGCUCAAAGAAACACAACAGUUAAGGCAACAUCUAGUCAGAGAAAUAUAUCUGCUUCAGGUGAUUCCAAUUGUAACAAUGGCCAGACCCUUAUUUUUGUGACUUCUUCAGGGUUAGAAACGUCUUCCAAAUGCUCCAAUUUCAUUACAUUAUCUUUCAAAAGUGAAGUUGAUCCUAAUGGGAUCAACUGGAAAGGUGUCUCACAAGAUGUCAAAGAUAGUUAUUUUGGAGAAUUCAAGGAUGCUUCCAUUAGUGAAGUUGUGGUAAAGCAACAAUGGAUGAAGAGGGCUGGUUUAUGCUACAAGAAUUUCAUUUCCAAUAUAAAGAAGCAUAGAGCUACAGUUCAACCAGAAUUUGUAAAUGACCAUGUGUGGAAAAAGUGGAUAGAACUUUGGCAAAGUAAUGACUGUGUUAAGAAGUCUGAGAUAAAUUCAACGAAUCAUUGUGGUGGAAAAAAAGUAGUUGCUGGGACACACACACGUGGCUUUAUCACAGCUGGAGAGCACCAGAAAAAACUUGCUCUUAAAAUAGGUCGAGAUCCAACUCCAAGUGAGUUACAUUUGCACGUCCAUACACAUAAUCAUGAUGGAAAAUCUUUUGUUGGUGAGCGUUCCCGACUUCUACAUGAAAGUACCACCUUCGAUUUCUUUACCGACAGCAAAUAUGGAGGAGUUUAUGAAGCAAUUGAUUCUGACACUUAUUACUCAUUUUUUUUGGUAGUUAUUGAGAGUGUUGGUGGUAUUAGGGUACAAGAAGGGGCCGUGCUUGAUCCUCUUCCUACUAAUGAUGAUGAUGACGACGUUGAUUCCUAG